AUGGCUGCUCUCUCCGCCUUGCUGAAGACCUGGGUCGUCCUGCAAACCCUGUGCCUGGCUCUGGCACAAGUGAGGGGUCCGGGCGGACCUCCGGGUCCACGAGGUCCUCCUGGCAUUCCUGGCUCAGAUGGCAUUGAUGGGGAGAAAGGACCGCCCGGUUCCCCCGGCCCACCGGGACAAAAGGGAGAGCCAGGAGAGCCCGGCCCCGAUGGACCCCCCGGAGAGAACGGCAUUGACGGUUUGAUUGGAGCAAAAGGUGAUCGCGGACCAAUCGGUAACCCCGGCCCAAAGGGUCAACCAGGUCCAAGUGGUGAGCCUGGACGUCCAGGAGUCGGCCUUCCAGGUCUGGCUGGUGCCCCAGGGCCAAUUGGCCUUCCAGGUCAAAUUGGAUCGCCUGGACCAAAGGGUGUUUUGGGACCACCAGGUCCUCCAGGACUCCCUGGACCUCCAGGCAAACCGGGUCCUCCAGGCAAGUUUAUUGGUCUCGAGGAGGGUAGUGCAGACUUGCAGUGUCCUCUCAACUGCCCAGCAGGACCCAAAGGCCCUCAGGGACUUCAGGGUGUAAAAGGACACAAAGGGCGUGCCGGCGUUCUCGGAGACCCCGGCAGCAUAGGGAAACCGGGACCCAAGGGAGAUGUUGGUAUCUCUGGGGAGCAGGGCAUCCCAGGACCCCCGGGUCCGUUGGGUCUGCGGGGCUAUCCAGGAAUGAUGGGUCCUAAAGGAGAGGCCGGCCCUCGUGGAUACAAGGGCAUCGUUGGACCUGUAGGAAUUCCUGGACCGCCUGGUGAGGAGGGACCUCAGGGGCCACUUGGGGACUCAGGAGAAAAAGGAGACAAAGGCGGCCGAGGCAUCCAGGGCCCACAGGGGGCCGUUGGCAAAAAGGGGGAGAAUGGUCUUCCGGGUAUCGAUGGAAAAGACGGCACACCUGGCAUUCCUGGAAUCAAGGGGGCUCCUGGGCAACCCGGUAUGCCUGGCCCUCCUGGUCCUGCAGGGACAGCAGGUUUGCCUGGCACACCCGGAGGGAAAGGGGAACCUGGAAGAAAGGGGGAACCUGGACCGAGGGGCCACAGUGGCAUGCCUGGUACUCCUGGUCCUUUGGGUGAACCAGGUAUUCCUGGAGAGCCAGGUAUGGAAGGAGUUCCUGGACCUAAGGGAGACAGAGGACAGCGGGGCCCAGUGGGGCCACAGGGAGCCGUUGGGAAGCCCGGGAGCAAAGGAGAGAGAGGGCCUAUUGGUAUCCCAGGCCCACAGGGACUUACUGGGACUAAAGGAGACCAGGGCUUCCAAGGAAAAGUUGGUCCGAAGGGAGACAUAGGCGACCCGGGUGUCGAGGGAUUGGCUGGCGAGAAAGGCGAAAAGGGUUUGUCUGGAGAACCGGGGCCCAAAGGACAGCAAGGAAUCAGGGGGGACCCCGGACACAACGGCCCCACUGGGGACCCCGGGAAACCAGGGGAUCCGGGGCCACCUGGGCUGCCUGGUCCAAGGGGACUCAACGGAGAGAGAGGAGUACCCGGCGUACCGGGCAUUCCUGGACAAACGGGGCGCGACGCAUCCGACCAGCAUAUUAUCGAAGUGGUGCUAAAGAUGUUGCAGGAAAGACUGCAGGCUGUGGCAGUGAGUGCCAAAAGGGCUGUGCUUGGUGGCGCGGGUGUAAUGGGACCUCCCGGGCCUCCUGGUCCACCGGGGGCACCUGGCCCCCAAGGGCCACAUGGCUUACCUGGCACCCGUGGUAUCCCUGGUAUGAUUGGAGGUCCGGGGCAGAUUGGCAACACUGGGCUAAAAGGAAAGAGAGGGCCAAAGGGAGAGAGAGGAGAUCCAGGUAAACCUCACCCAGGUCAACCAGGACCUCCAGGGAUACAAGGUCCUCCUGGCAUUGAUGGUGUGGCUAGAGAUGGCAGGCCCGGUGAGAGAGGACCUCAGGGAGCAGCUGGUGAGCCGGGUCACCCUGGUAAGGCAGGGCCCCCGGGUCUUCUCGGGUUCUGCGAGGCGGCAAUGUGUCUGGCGGCAUCGGCGUACACCUCGCCGAGAUUACAAGAGGCGGGGACGAUCAAAGGACCCAACGUUUAGAGACCCCUUUCUCUCUCUCUCUCUCUAAAUCAACUGUCGGAGGGAGGGGGAGAGGAAAGAGAGAGACUGCUCUCCUCACUUGGACAACAUCAGGAAAUGAGAGUUGGGGGGCCACGAUAGGGCGGUGACUGGCUGUUUAGCUUCCCAGCCUCUAUCCUCCAUCUCUCCUAGAUAUUACAACUGGAAGUUUUUUUGACUGGUGGGAUAUCAUGAUCUUAAUCCCACACAUCACCAUGACAACAGCAGCUCACAAGCCACCCACAUCCUUAAGAAUUCUCCAGUGUUUUUUCUCUUUUUUUUUUUUUGGAUGAUGUCAGUGUCAGUCCCCGUCCAAAUGCCACACUCCUUUCCUUGGCAGUGAGACGGGAGCAGAUUCAGACUGAACCUCCGCGUCUCCUAUCUACCGACACACGGUAGAUCUACAAGCCGAGAGAUGUUUGGGGGAGGGGGGGAGAGAAAAUGAAAAACAAAAAAAAAUG